CCCCUUUCGAGUCACGCCCAAAUUAAAUUCGUCGGCCGAUCGAUCACCAUCACCAGUCACUCAUCCGAGGCCCUAUCCCUAUUUUUAAUCACGUCAAAACGGUUCCUGUUCCCCCCCGACGACCACCUGUCCUUUCCUGCUUUAGUGUGAGGCAUAUCCCAUCUCUCGCCCAAACCGGAUCUGUGCCCUCCAACGCCAUACCGUUGAGAUCUAUCGUCUGCGAAAGUGCCAACCCUUCCCAUCAAACGCAUCGUCCAAAGCUUAGCAUAUGCCCAAUAUGGAUGAAUCUGUCGAGCCCGAAUUCAUGGCCCCUGUCCGAGCCUCGUCGCCCUCCCCCUCCAUCCCAGCGACGCCGGCUAUCUCCUCCUGUCCCUCACCAGAUCGUACCUUUUCGACCAUCUCCUCUCUGUCGACUUCUUCCGCCACUUCCGCCGAUGCCAGGUCUUCCGUCUCCAUCUCAUCCAAGCGACGAGGAUACAUUCGCCCUCAGGGGGUCGAGUUCGCGGAGUCCGCCAAAAACCGGGAGAGUGUCAUGAGUCUGGGUAGCAUCGCUCAUCUGCAAUACUAUUUUGCACGAACCGGUCUACUGGACGGCAAAGGUGCCCAGGCUAGGGAAUUUAAAAAGAAAAAGAAGCCGGAGGAUAUGCCGCGACUGCUCUUGACCCCCAACGCUCGGUUUAUCGAUGACUUGACUCUCAGUCCGACCAGUGCCAGUCCCACCGAUGACGAAAGUGAAAGCAUAGAUCCUAGGGAGGAGGUGUAUGACGAGGAUGUUGAAGUCAUGCUUCCUCCCACGGUCAGUACCUACAGCAUCAAAACGCAUCACAUCCCGCCCCCACCUAAACUCAAGGCUCUGCGGAAGGAUCUGCGGGACGCAUUGGAGAAAGCCGAACACAGUAUCGAAUCAAUCGAUGCUCAAAAGGAACCGCCGGCGGAGAUGAUUCCCCCGCGGAUUAGUCUUUCGAGUGACGAUAUGCCUGACGCUGCGGAAGACCCCUCGCGUCAGGCGCCUGCAGAAGCAACCCCGCAGACCUGGCAAGAGAUCCAGGGCAUGCGGGUCCUAGACACUGUCACUUUUGCGAUCCGAGCCGCUAAAAUCUACUAUACUGCGCAUGAGCGGCCCGAUCGAUUGGCGAAGAUCAAAAGCGAGCGCGAAAUACGACAAGAGCUGUUCAAUGUGCUAGAGGUCCUGAAGCGGUGGGCGUCCCGAAACUUUGCAGACGGUCUUCGCGAGGAUGAACGCUCUGGCAUUGUUGGAUGGAUGGCCAACGUGCGUGACAUGUUGGCCCGGGAAGCUCAACUGGAGUCAUUUGAAGCCAAAGAGCGAGCCGCCUGGAUCUGGACCGAGGGUGAAUGGAUCGGUAAGGAGCGCGAGCGCGAGACUUUGUUCCUGCGUAGUCUGAUCGGCUCCGACGCGCAGCUGCCGACAUGGACUGCGCCGGAGGAUGGCUCACCGCCACCCGCCAUGCUGGAACGGCUGCGGGAUGGACGCGACCUGGUGCGCGCCCAUAAUUUUGCCGUCAAGAACUCGAAGCGGCCGUUCCUCGAUAUCAAAACCUACCAUCAGGAUGUGGCCAAGCCCUACCGACGGGCCGAAAACCUUCGCUUCUGGGUGAAGGCGGCGGAGCUCCGGUGGGAGACGAAGUUGGAGAUGGAUGUGAUGGGGAUUGUGCAUGGCAACAGUGAAGAGGCCUGGAAACAGUUCGACCAGGCUCUUCUGGCCUGGUGUAAAGUGGUGCGUGAGGAGCUCGUCCGAGACUGGCGCGAGAGGCGAGCUUCAGCAGCGAGCCUUCCACCCGACGAUCUGGUGGUACGGCCUAUGUGAGGGGGAAUUUGGGAAAAGAAAGGGUCUACAUGAGUAACUAACAACUUCGCUGGAGAGGGAGGAAAGGAGAGUUGUAAUGAUUGGGACUGGUUGGAACUGGUUGGAACUGAUUGGGACCACGUAUGGCGACUGGUUAUUGCGUUUGUU